AUGUCGACGCCUAUUCGACAAAUGAAUCGAGCAACAUUUCCACAGCCUGGAUGUUUGGCAUCGAGUAGCACUUCAAGUGUUGGAAGUUCAGUGGCACAAAGAUUGAGAACUUCAAUCAGUAGUACUACACAGGUUGGUCAAGAUAGCUUGUUUGAGAAAAAAAAAUUGGACAAGUCCAAGUCAAAACUGAAGUGAGAAAUUAGAGUUUAGAAUCGGGAGAAAACAAAUAUAAUUUCUGUGGGAGGAAGAUUUCAAACAUCAAAAAUUUGUGCAGGGAACAAAAAGCAUAGACAUUAAAAAUCGUAAAGGUCAUUAGUUAGCUUGAAUAUCUUUAUUGAAAAUGAGAAAAAAUGAAAAUCAAAUGCAUUCUUUAAAACAAAAACGUGACACAAUUUUUUCCACGUUUGAAAAAAAUUGAUUUUCAUUUUUUCUCAUUUUCAAUAAAGAUAUUCAAACUAACUAAUGACCUAAACCACUUUUGAUGUGUACGUUAUUUUGUUUUCCUACACAAAUUUUUUGAUGUUUCAAAUGUUUCUCCCACAGAGAUUAUAUUCAUUUUCCCCCGAUUCUGAACUCUAAUUUUUCAUUUCAGUUUUUCUUUGGCUGAAAAAUUUCGUGACAAUAAAUAGCUGUCUAACCAACAUAACAUAAGCUAGGCUAACAUGUAAUUUCCUCAAAUUGUACGUUUCUGAUUUUGCUCUUCGAGAAAAAUCACCUGUCAACAUACUUUAGUAUUCAUUUGAUUUCGAGAAAUCCACACAUUCACAACUUCCAUUUUUGCUAGUUUUUCAGUUGUCAACUUGACAUUUAUAUUGUUUUAAAAAUAGAUUUUUCCUAGGAAAAUAAAAUUUCAGGAUUUUUCAAUGGUCCCAAAUCGUCCAACAAUAAUCUCUCCAACUUUGUCUUCACCAUUAAGUUCGAAUGGUUCGACAGCACUGGAAAAAGAAUUUCAUUCGCUCGAAUUUCGAUUUAAAAGUGGACAUUGGCGAGUUUUCAGCUCAAAACGAUCUUUUGGAAAUAAGGUUUCAAUUUUUUCCAACCAGACAUCGAAAAACAAAAAGUUUCAGAAUGCUUCCGUUUUGGUUUUCGACAAAAAAAGUAAUGUGAAAGCGCCGCCAAGAAUUGGAAGAAUGGCUAAAUUUGGACUCGCGGAUUUGAUAAAGUUAGUUGGAAAAAAAAACAAAAAAUAAUUCCGCAUGUUCGCCGGGGCGCGUUUGUCCGACCAGUGCAAACACCAUGACGCUAAAAUGCACACUUAGUUUAGAUACCGUAGUAAAAAUUGUUUUUUUUUUUCGCAGAAACCCUCAAAACGCCUUAAAUCCACUUAAAAUUAAUGCAUUUUUCAGAUACGAAGUGAGUCAGCUCAACACACUUAUUCAUCCAAGAAUUCUACACGUUGAGCACGGACAAGAAGAAACGAAGUGGGUUGAAAAAAGAUUUUCUCUGGAAAAAGUCGAUUUUCAGAGAACACAUUGCAUUUGCUUCGGAGCUUUUGGUGACAACUUUGGAAGAUGUGGUGACGGAUAAAAAUUUGGAUCGAUUGGAAAUCAAACUUGGAGUUUUGCAGGUAAUUUUCUCUCUCCGUCAAAAUCUAUCCGAAAAUCAAAAUUUGCAGAUAAUCGAUGGUGUCUCAUAUUUGCAUAAUUCGGCCAAAGUUCUACACGGUAAUCUGACACCGGACGCGAUUUUUGUGACCGCUUCGAAGAGUUGGAAGAUUGGCGGAUUUAUGUUUGCGGUGGCUGCAAAAGAACCGGUGAGCAAAAUAGAUGUUUUGCUUCCGGAAAUAAAAUUUUUGGGGGAAAUAUCUAGGAUUGUAUUUAUAGAGGCGUGAAGAAAUUUGAAGCGAAGGAGAAAUUGUGUUUUUUGAGCUUCGAAAAAUUGAGGGAGUGCGGGAAAUGUGUGGAAUUUUGAAAAUUCAAAAAUUCUGACGCAAACGUAAACAGGCGGAGCAUCGUUGUUUUUCCCAAAUAUAUUUUUGCAGAACACGUAUCCAUGCUUUCCCUACACCAAAAAGCUGCCCUCCUGCCUUCAACCGGAUCUCGAUUUCCUCGCUCCCGAAUAUCUGGCACCCAACCAAAAUACCGUGACAUCAGCAGCCGAUGUUUUCUCACUGGGUGUUCUGAUUUGCUGGAUCUACGCGGGUGGCAAACGAUUGAUCGACACCAAAAGCAAUCUAGAAACUUAUCAAAUUGUCGUCGGUCAAUUGGAUGCAGCACUGAAUUGUAUUACCAAAGAUUUGGGGCCAAAUUUGAAGGAGUCAAUGAGCAAAGUGUUGAGCCAAGAAGUUGAUGUGAGACCGACGGUGCAAUUGUUGACUUUGAUCAAACAUUUUGAUGAUCCAGCAUUGUCAGCGCUCAGACAACUAGAUGACAUUGCUCAGGUUAGAAAAACAAUUUUCAUAUUUUAAGGGCAGCUUUGACAAGAAAAAAUUCCAGGUGUUCGAUCCAUCUCAAAAAUCGCAUUUCCUCUCUCAAACCCUAUUUUCGGCCCUACCAAACAUCUCGGAAAAUGUUUGGUUCACUCGAAUUCUUCCGCGUUUCAAUGAACAACUUAUCGAAAGUCCGGAAAUGUAUUGCGCGUUGACGAAACCAUUGUUUUAUAUGUUGGAUAAUUGCGAGAGUCAUAAUAUUCAUAAAUUGAAAGAAUGGAGUCGAAUUAUUGUUGAUGCAACACAACAUAAUCGAUUGGUAAGAGGGAUUUCGAAGAUUUUUGAGCCCGGUUUUAAAAAUUGUGAAAACAGUUUCAUGUAUUGGUCAGAAAACAUAA